AUGCACCGCACACUGAAGGCUGCCCUUGCUCUCCUCUGUCUGGCAGAGCUCAUUGCCUCCACACCACUGCCGACGAGCUCAUCCAACCUGAAGCUGUCAGACAUCACCCGACGCAUCCAGCAGCUCAACAGAGGAGCGCAGGUCCCUUGCAAUGACACCAGAGUGGCACAGGUGGCUUUCACGGAUCGGAAGCUGUUGGAGCAGGAACUGCUGUGCCAGGCUGCCACAGCGCUGGCCAAAGUGACCCGCUGCAAGAAGGACUACGAGCCCCUCAUCACCAGUCUGCAGAGCCUGCAUGGCCAGACGAGCUGCUCGCUGAGCACCGACAAUGAGAUCUACCUGCGGAACUUCUUGCCGGCGCUGGGGAACUUCACCCAGGCGCUGUACCGGCGGACCUCGGCCACGGCUGCAAACUGA